AGCCCUAACAGCCCUAUUACUCAAAAAUGAAGCUUCCUUUCUUAAUUUCAUCCACCCACCCGUGGCUCCUUGAGUUCAAAAGCAGAUGAUGGAGUCUUCCGUGGGAGAGGAACUGCAAAAGGAAUGUUUAUCAGUGCUCCUUCUGUAGGGCAGGGACACCCAGGAGUGAUGGUCUCAGGAGCUCUGUGGAACUGGAAGGAAGACGCUACCCGCCCUUUUCUCCUCCCCCCCAUCCAGGAAUCACGACGAGAUCUUUCUGAAGCGCUUCUGGGAAGAGCGAUGUCCUUUGGGGCUCCCAGCGCUUUGUAGAUCAUCCCCAAUGACCGACUCGCAAAGAGCGCGGGGAGCAACAAAGCAAACUGACCUAGAGGAAUACUAGAAAUCAGAAGAGGGAGAGAGGCGGGAAUGAACGUGUCAGCCAGCACCCGCCUUUCCGCCACGUGGCCCCGAGACUGCGGCCGAGGGGCACCAACCGGCGCUGCGAAGCGACUGCGCCAGGAGAAGAAAGAGAAGGCCUCUCUCUACGCGCCCCCCCCUCCCGCCCAAGGCCACCACGCGGAUCCGCGCUGCCUGGAGAAUUUGGUAGCGGUGUUCAUUCCAGAGAGAUAUUUCUACCUCCAGUGACCUGCAGAACGUGAACUGAAGUGUCUUGCCCCUGCCCAUCAGCACCAGAAUGAAGGAGCCAUUUUUAGCAGUUUGGCUCUUCGUUGUGCCAAUCAGCUGGGCAGCACCAAAGAACAGCAGUGGCAGGCCUGACAUCUCCCACGAUUCCAUGGAUCAACCCAUCCUAAAUCCUCUACACCCAAGCCAAGUUUCUCUUAAGGUGCUCCAAGACUAUCUGGAGAACAUUGGACAGUUGAAUGGGGAUGCUGCUACCAUGUCAAGGGAACAGGCGCUCUUGCUUCUCUUUGCUCUUCAUGAUUAUGACAAAAGUGGACACUUGGAUGGUCUGGAAUUCAUGAGGCUGCUGAGUGAAUUGGUGUCCCAACAGGCAAAAGGACAGCCUGCAUCAGAUAUGGUAGUGCCAAUGGUGGACAGUAUCUUGGAGACUCAGGACUUCAACUGGGAUGGACUAUUGGAGCCUUCAGAGUUGUUUCUUCCUCCUCGGCAGGGAGAGAAACCAAACUUCCUUACCUCUGUCAGUGAAGAAGAUGGCCCAGUCCUGUGGGCACUUCCUAAGCCAAAUAAACCAGGUUUCCCAAGUCCUUCUGACCAACAAAGCAAUGGAGGCUCCCCACCUGCACCAGCAGUUCAGGAGCAAGACAUGAUGGGUGACCAAUUGUGGAUCCCGGAGAAGCAUGGAGAAGAGCUCGGUCAGGAAACCGCAGGAAACCCAGAUCAACAAGGGGAAGAGAUGCCUUCUGCUCCAGGAGAUUGAAAUAUACCCUGUGCAUAACCUUAGGCGAUUGGCUUGCAGGUCAAUUUCAGAAAUGGAAUGCAGAUAAUCACCCCUUUCCCAACAUUUCCUUCUGUGCAAUCUGCUCUGAGUUUUCAACUCUUCUCUACCAAAGCAAAACAGAAUAGGAUUCCCUGUUCAAUCAGCUCUGCACUCUGUUAUCUAAAGAGAUUUCUUUUCCAGCUUUCAAGGGAUGCAUAUCCCAAAUCUAAAACUUGAGAAACAGAAGUCACUAAAAAGUUACCCCUAGCACAAUGGCUCCCCUUUCCCCUCAGUGCAUCAAUCAGACAUAGAAGCCUCUUCCCUCCCUCCCCCAGUAUACAGGACCACAGCCUUUCUAGGAGGUGAUGCUACCUAGGUAGGAAAGAUUUUUCUAAACUGAAAAGCCUGCCUCAGCAGGUUGUCUCCCCGAAUAGUCUCUCUCUUCACAGAGCAGGCUCCCAAUUCUGGAGAGCCUGCUUAGAAUCUCUUACUCUGCCUUCCUCAAGUAAGGAGCUGUAGCAGAGGGACAGGACAGCACUUACCACUAUAAUUUCGCAGUCUGGCUAAGGAUUUAGCUGUGCGUUUCAGAUGAUCAUUCUGGUCAUUCUCUCAGCAGGUUCCGUUGGGGAAAAGCCUACACAACACUGCAGAAGGAAUCACGUAAGUCUUUUGCCAGGGCAUUUAAAUUAUCUAUAUAAUUUAAAUGACCUCCCAUCUCACAAAAGUGAUUCUGAAAUUAAAACAAAAACCACAAGCCAUGAUUUCCAAGGUUAAACCAGUAAACCCCAAUCACAAAAGAGAACCCAUCAACAACAGCAGAGCUUGCGUAACCUCCUGGUCCAAAGCCUGGGGAAACAGCCAGAGAUGCGUAUGCUUCUCCUGUACUUCUGCUUCUCCAAAUCUGCCAAUAAAUCAUCUGCAAACUGAA